AUGUUGAGCGCCCAGCAUCGUGGAGAGUUUUGUGAUCUUGACAUUGUAUGCAACGGCCAUACAAUACCGGUCCACAAGGUCAUCAUUUGCUUGCAAUCUCCAGUCAUCAAAGCAGCAUGUACUGGUUCGUUUGCGGAGUCCGCUGGGAGAUACGAAAUCAAAGACUGUUCUUAUGAGACCGUCCAAGGAAUGGUAGACUACCUAUACACGGGCAACUACGACACUUGCACCAAACAAUUGCCCAAAGAGCAAUCCGAGAAGCCGGGGGAGAUUGUGCCGGGGCAGCGCGAUGUGUUGAGUGAAUUGAUCCAGCAUGUGAGAAUGUUCAGCCUCGCAGACAAGUAUCUCAUCGACGGGCUUCUUGAGUUAUCAAGGACGAAAUUCAAGAAGACAAUCAGGGAGGAGCGGGAUACGUGCGCAUUUUCCCAGUUCGUGGCAGAAGUGUACGACUUACAAUUCGAGUCGAGCAAAGAACUGCGUGAUAUCGUGGUUGAGUCUGUCAGAGAGAGGGUCGCGGUAGUACCGCUGAAACCCAGCGUCCAGGAGGCCGUGGAUGGUCUAAUAGACGAGAUUCCGGAGUUCGCAGGUGAUCUGGCCAGUGCAGGUGUGCGGAAUGUGGAAAAGGCGGCGCAACGCCUUUGGGAUCCUGGUACGAAGGAAAAUCAUACUGAGGGGGAACUCUCAUCCCUGCUGCACACGACCGUCCACGCACAGCAACAGCAAUUCGUCGCUCAUGGUGGCAGCAAGAUCCCCUUCUGGGCUCACACCGAGAGCGUCGGCGAGAUUAAUCUGGCGACGUACGAUUUCGGCGGCAUUGGCACCUACGCAAAUCUGCCGCAUGAGAAUUGCUUUGUCGAAAACGAGUCUUCAGAAGGCUUCGAUAUUGCCAUUCUUGGGGCUCCUUUUGACACGGCAGUGACGGGACGUCCCGGAGCACGCUUUGGGCCAAAUUAUAUCCGGGCCGCCAGCAAGCGUAGGGCAUAUGGCUACAGCAUAUAUACUGGCGUCGACCCUGUCCACGACUGGGCCAGAAUUGUCGACUGCUUUGACGCCCCGCUGACGUGGCUCGAUAAUCGUGUUGCGCUCAAGACGCUUGAUCAGGCUCACAGGGCCAUUUCUGGGAGGUCGACGGCUCACCCUGAGAAGUCGACGGUCCCGAGAAUUGUGACAUUGGGAGGCGAUCACACGACAACUCUGUCAGCGUUGCGGUCUACGUACAAGCGAUGGGGGCAGGUUUCCGUCAUUCACUUUGACAGCCACAUUGAUACUUGGGAUCCCGAAGUCCUAGGCGGUGGUAUUUCAGAUUAUGCGAGGAUCAACCAUGGAACGUUUCUACAUAUUGCGCAUGAAGAGAAUCUCAUUCUCAACUCAUCCAUUCAUGCCGGUAUUCGCGCGCCGUUGACGCGACCCAAGGCGGAUAUGCGAAACGACAGACGUUGCGGUUUCGACACAAUCACUGCCCGUGACUUUGACACCAGGGGAGUCAAGUCCAUCAUUGACCAGAUUCGACAGCGCGUCGGUGAGACCAACGUCUACAUUAGCGUUGACAUUGACGUUCUUGACCCUGCAUUUGCUCCUGCAACUGGUACUCCAGAGCCAGGCGGCUGGAGCACCCGCGAGCUGGCGACCAUCUUGGCUGGGCUAGAGGGACUCAACAUCAUUGGAGGAGACGUAGUUGAAGUGGCACCGGCAUACGACAAUAAUGGCGAGACGACUGCACUUGCGGCUGUAGAUGUUGUUCAGGCAAUUCUUGAACUCAUGGUUGCACAGCCAGUCAAGGCGCCAGCGAAAGAAUGA